UAUUUUAGAAUGGACGUUGAUGUGGAAGAGGCGGCAUUGGAGCAAGUAGCAGCUCUACUACAACGUCCUGAUCAACUGGAAAAAUUGCCGGAACUCAAAAAGAGAGCUGAUAGAAAGAAGCUCGCUGUCGAGGCUAUGCUCCGAACUGGUGUUCAAGGUCAAUUAGAAGGAAUUCGAACUGCAAUUGCUCAUCUUCAAACCGCUUCAGAUGAUAUUACCGCUAUUUCUCAAGGAGUUCACGAUAUUCGAGAGCGUCUCGGACCAUUUCCCCAACUGAAAGAGAAACUUCGAGAACUUCGUGAUGCCAAUGCUCGUCACGGUCAAUAUGCAGCUGCAAUGGAGAAUUUGAAGCAUAUUUUCAAUCUACAAACAACACUUCAAGAAAUUCGUGAUGCGCUGGAUGAUGAAAAGUCUGGAGGAAAUCUGUUGUUAGCUCACAAACAUAUUAUGGAUUUGGAAAGAGCUCGAGACGAAUUGCUGGCCGAAGUUCAUAAAAUGAGUGGAACAAAUACGGAAAAAGAGCAAAUGCUUCUCGUCAAUUUCUUCAAGGGAGUUGACUCGGUUGUCGCCGAAUUGUCGAAGAAUAUGUGGUUUAUUCUCGGUCGAACUUUGGAAAUGGUUAAGGGAAAUGAGCAAGGUGGCGGACCGCAACAAGUUGUGACAUGUCUUCGAAUUGUGGAACGAGAAGAAAGAAUCGAUAAAUUCUACAUGGAAGCUCGAAGCAAGAACUCAUCGGCAUUUGUUCCACCAGGCCGACCUCGUAACUGGAAAGAAAAAGCCUUACGAUCACUUGAGAAGACUGUCUCAAAUCGAGUAGAUGGAAAUCAACUCGAAGAUCGAUCUCUGAACAAAGCGUGGCUUGCUAGAUAUUUAGAAGUUUGUAAAAAUGUAAUUAUGGAUGAUUUACAAUUGGCAAAAGUGGCGAUUCCGUGUUUCCCACCGGAUUGGCAGAUUUACGAUCGAUAUGUUCACAUGUAUCACACAUCUGUGUGUAGAAGACUCCGAGAAGUGGCAUCGGAACAUUUGGAAAAAAGCGAGCUGGUUCAGUUGAUGUCAUGGAUCAAAUUUUACGCAUCUGAAGAUAUGCUAGGACAUCCGAAACUGAGGAUCAAUGCACAGGCUAUAUUACAAGAUAGUCCUGUUCUGUCGAGAAGCACUCUGAAUCAACUUUGUGAUCAAUUUGUUGAAAUGUCGAGAGAUGAUCUGAAAUUAUGGCUGAAAAAUACUGUUUCUCAUGAGACUCAUGAUUGGUACAAAAACUUGCGGCCAAGCGAGGACAAUCAUGGAUAUUUCUACACUGAUCUGCCAAAUACUGUUUUUGGAAUGCUCAAGGACACGGUGACAUUGGCAAAGGAGGUAUCAGUUGAAGUUAUUCCUAGCAUCAUCAACUUGACGAUUCAAGAAUUCAAUGAGUUGGCAGGAAAAUAUAGAGAUGCAUUCACUGCUUACAAGACGGAUUAUUUUGCGGAGAGGAGCAAGUAUCAAGAGUUUACUUCUAAUAUUAUUGCAAUCGCCAACAAUCUUCACACUUGCAUCGAAUCAACUGAAAAGUAUAAGCAACAAAUUCGUUUAUCAAUGGAAGGAGAACAAAACGCGGCGGCUGCUAUGACAACGCCACUCGCAUCAGGACGACGUACUGCUGUUAGACAACAGCAACUCAUCGAGAAUAUGGACGCUUUAAAUACGAAAUGGAGUAAUGCAGCUUCAGUAGCAGUAAACUAUCUCCGAGAAGAAGUCAUCACAGAUAUUGCUCCAAGUCUCGUUGAAAUCUUCUCGAAAAAAUGGUUAACCGGAAGUGCUGCUCUCGAGACAGUUUGUAUGACUAUUUCCGAUUAUUACCACGAUCACAAGCAUCUGCGACCAGUCACAAGGUCCACUUUGCUUAUGGAUCUUCAAUUUAGAAUUGUUAGCGAAUAUUUGAAGGCAAUCGAAACAAAGCGAGUGAGUCUCAAUUCGUAUGAAGAGCGUGCACUUGCAGGAAAGAGAAUGAAAGCUGAUGUUGUUCGUUUGGAUAAUCUUUAUGCUGAAUUUGCGACAAGUUCUGAUAUGGCUGAUCAGCUCCCACUCCUAACAUCAAUUGUGGCUGCAGCUGGAGAUGUGAUUUCUCUAAAAGACAAAUCUCUUCUGUCACUUGAAGCCACUUCAUUUGCUCGGAAAUUUCCAAAUUGUCCUGCUGAAUUGCUUUCUGCUGUUAUUGCGACUCGUGAUGAUAUUAGUGGCAGUGAAGCUCGUAGUUUGGCUAGUGAAGUUCUACAACAUGUACAGUUCCAUCCAAAGGAUCAGAUAUUCGAUCAACUUUUUGCUUUGCGACAACAAGAAAAUUCGGAACGACUUCCAAAUUUGGGAAUGGCCAACAUGUUCAAAGCUGACUUUAUGUCAAUGCUCAAGAGAGACGCAUAAUUUAUAUUUACUUAUAGUUAAUUUAUUUUCAAUUUCACUUCACUUCAAUGUAAAAAAUUUUAUUCUCAAUAAGUUUAUUGCCAAAAUGUUUAUCAAAGCUUUGAUCAAAUACUUAAUAGGAUACAAUUAUACAUAUAAUAAUGAAUCAAUCAUUUUUUUCCAUUCAAAUUCCUCUUUGUGGUUUUCGUUCGAAACUGAUGUUGUGUCGU